AUGUUCUCCAAAGCUCGGUAUAUGAACCAUAUGAUGAGCUUCCACACCAUAAAAGUGUACUCAAAAGCAUUAGAAUCAGUGCCCAAAGUUUACUUUUGGUACAGCCUUAUCCCACAGGUUAAUGGGCGUGAUUGGAAGAGAGAGGGAGAGGGAGAGAGAGAAGGUGAAGGUGAAGGGAUGCUCAACAGGGCUGCGGGCAUAGGCGACAUUGAACUAUUCGAUCAACUUGUUGCCCGUGGUGCUAAACCUUCUCGGAGCAAUGCCCUUCAUAAUGCUGCUUGCUCUCAAAAUGCAAGCGCCAUGAUCACCCAUCUAAUCGAAAAAUUCGACCUCGACGUCAAUGCCGACGAUGGAUGUGGCGGUCUCAAUGAGCUCGUCCAAUGGAAAGUCACCCCGAGAUUUCCUCUGAGCUACGCCGUUGACAGAUCUAAUUUACCGGCAAUUGAGACUCUGCUGAAGUAUGGUGCCCAGAUUGGAGAUGCCUACUCAUUCGCUAUCAAGAACAAGAAUGCUUCUGCUUUAAAGCUUCUUCUUGAUGCCGGUGCCGAUGCAUCGACGAGUCUAGGUGUGGCAAUUAUUGAUGAUUACCUCGAAGGUGCACGCUUAUGUCAAGAGUACGGCGGCGAUAUUGCUAUAGGCGAAGCACGACAUAAGAUGGUGGCUGGCUUUGGCUGGAGCUAUACUGGGAUGAGCAGCGAAAUGAGAAAUUUGCUGGAUGAAUGGAAGUAA